AUGGACGUAUCCAGCACCCAGUUCCAAACCCUCUACCACUCCAUGCUCACCUUCGUCAACACCUGCAUGGCCGGCCACGACCCCUCCCACAACCCAGCUCACGUCCACCGCGUCGCCACCCUCGCCAACACCAUCCUCGAAGCCGAACAAAAGCGCCACUCCCCACGUCCCCUCGACGCAGCCGUCAUCAAGCUUGCCGCUCUCCUGCACGACAUCGGUGAUCGAAAAUAUCUGCCUCAAUUGGCGGACCCACACUCGCACGAGAACAUCGAUCCCAAGACAAUGGUGCAAGUAGCUCUGCUCAAGCAUGGUGCGCCCGCGGAGCUGGCGGCCAAAGUACAGAUGGUGGUUUCGCAUGUUUCGUAUACGACGGAGUGCAAGGAUCCGGCGGUGGUGAGACGACUGAUUGAGGAGGAAGGGUAUCCGGAGUUGGCGGUGGUGCAGGAUGCGGAUCGGCUGGACGCGAUUGGGGCCAUUGGGAUCGGACGGACGUUUACGUUUUUGGGGGGCGCAGGGGAAGAAGUUUGCGGGGGAGAAUGGGUGGGAGAUGGGGAAUUGUAUUGA